AUGGCGACGGCGGCGGUCACCGCGACGGCGACGCGGAGGCGACGAGCGGACGGAGAGGUGAAGGUCGGCCGGGCAAUGAGGGUGAGGAAGAGAGGGGUCGGGCUGGGGCCGAGUGAGGCGACGACGACGAGCUUGCGGGGCGGCGCACGGCGGCGGCCGGACGACGGUGGCGAUGGCUGUAAAGUGGCCGGACAAAGACCGGGGCGCGACGGGGAUAGGCAUGCGGAUAGCGGCGGCGCGGCUGCCCAAACAGGGAGGAGGCGCUGGGGAAGAGAGAAACAGGGGGGGGAGGAGGUCGCGCGGUGGCGGCGGCGGCGGCGGCGUUGCGGGCGGUCGGGCGACGGAGGACAGGCCGACGAGCGGAUGGGCAACGCCGGACCGCGGCGGGCGCGGCGGCGACUUGCUGCUGCGCGCGACAGGAAGAAGAAGAACAGCCAAGCCGGAGGAGGGGGAAACGGCCGGACGGGCGGCGCGGCCUGGGCGUGGCGAUGGCCGGCCGGGCGGGGCGACGGCGGCACGGCAAUGGCUGGGCAAACACGAGCAGGUGGGUCGAGCGGCGAGAAGAAGAAGAAGUAA